AUGGAUGUUACUGACAUCAGGGGUCUAGCUGUUGUAUUUUAAAUUCUAUAUUGCUGUACAUGAAUUAUAAUGUUGAGGGAUGAGGUAUCUGAUUGCGCUUCCUCUGAUUCCGGGGACUCAUCAUCAUCGGAAUCUAAUGGACACAAAAUGGAUGAUAACGAGAUGGGAUCUCCUGUUACUGUAGGCAGCGUAGAUGACUGUGAAACCGCCGAGCUAUGUGAAAGCUACUCUAGUGAUGGCAACGGUAAUGCAUCUUUUGAGUUACUGGAGUUAGACUUUCUAUGCCACAGUCUUGCUUUCCAAGAGCGUUGGUUCAUGGAGUGUACCAAUGAGAUACAUGGUACUACCGAGACUGAUGCUUCUGAACAUGAUGAAAUGCGUCCUAAGUUGGUACGCGGUUGGCGUCGUGUUGAGUUAACAGAAUCGUCAUUUUCUACUCGUGUUCAUAAACUUCGGUAUGGUCGGAGUUUGUUAACUCUUCGUAGCAGUCCAAACAGCUAUGGUAAGCGGGUGUGGCGUUAUCCUUGGUUGCGCCGCAGACAUGCGCAUUAUCUGUUGGAUGGUUACCUCACUUCAGAAGCUAACCGUUUACGUAUGAACAAACGCGUAUACACAGGUUUAUAUCGGUCAUUGGAUGAGCGUUUGAUGCGUUACUUUGGUAUUUUGCCACUGCAUUCACUUAUAUCGGUUGAUGACAGUUACAGUGAUGACUCUGAGGUCAUGUGUUCUCUAGUUUCGUAUAUCCGUGCUUCUGAACGAAUGCUUCACUUUUUAUCUCAGCAAUCUGGUUUAUAUGCUCAUUUAAUGUUAUUUUCCAUUAUAUCUCACUUGCGUAGGUUGCGUCGAUUUAUAUACCACAAUGCUGCUUCUGUCAUGUUGCUUGAGUUAACGGUGAUUGUUGUUGAGGCACUUCGUUUAUGUCAGGAUCAUUUUCAUCGGUUUUUAUCUUCUUACGUUAGUAAUACAUCUACGCUAUACAACGGCUUUUGUCUACCUGCUUCUGUAUUACCCGAGUGUUUAACUCGUCUUUAUGACGAUUGCUUAAGUUUGACUAAGGCUGUUGACAGCGUUCUUGCGUGUGCAUGGGAGGGUUACAGCAAGGAGGUUGACUGUGAGCAGGAGGAUCCAGUUGACGACAGCAGUUCUACUGACAUGCAGGACAAGAGUGAUGCGGAGACCGUAUCUGAGAUGUCUACUCGGACUGUGUCCUCUAUAGACCCACUUCCAGUAAAAUCGCAAGCUCUUUGCGAGUUCCAAUCCAAGGUUCUGGCUGAGCUUUCUCAAUGGACCAUUGCGCUUUGCAAGUACACUAUCGAGGCCAAUAAGGUGCUUCAAGGUCCUGUAAUAGAAUGGUACAAGUGCAUUGGAGUAGUACCGCCAGGUACAGUUCGGCUAUUUAGGGAUGUUACGGGUAUUAACGCUUCGAUACAUCGUUUACCGUGGAUCAUUCACGUUACGUCCUCCAUGUUGCGUAAGCGUGGCAUAUCAACCAAGCCUCUCGAAGAUCACAGCAGGUCCAUGUGCCGUAAUACUGAAGAUUUCGCAACUCCCGACCCAUCGAUUGGUGCUUCGCAGCAAUUUUCUGAGGGUCUCAAUGAUAUAGAAGACGAGGGUCUGUUUAAAUCACCUCUCGGUUCACAGGGAUUCUAUGAAUCUUAUGUCUCUGGAUACGUGGAACCCACGGAGGAUGUAGAUAUGUCACCUGCCGACGAUUGCGGCAACUUAUCGGUUGGCACCCUUGAGGUUUCAAUUUCUUUAGACGACCAAGAUCCUGCCACGCAUAGUCAUAGUGACUCCAUAGAUGAAGAACCAGAGCCCGGUUCUGAGUCUUCGGUAUCCGACAGUGCUCCUGACACUAACAUAUCGGAUGAUCAGGCAUCACCACGUCCUUCUGAGUCAACGGUGCCUACUACCAAGCCUGGGAACAAGACGGACACCGUUGGUAUGCGUCGUCGUCAGUGGAAACUAGAAGAGGUCCAGAUACUGGUUGACGCCAUCAAUCGCCAUGGAGCGGGCCGUUGGGCGUUCUUUGCUGAUGCUUAUUUUGGUGGGCGUCGUACGGGUAUGCAAUUGAAAGACAAGUGGACUAACUUAAGACGUUACAACUAUGUAUAUCAGGACACCGGUUCCAAGUCUGGUCGUCCUGGUAAUUGGCCGCUAUGGCGUCUAAUAGACAGUUUUUAACAUACCGAUAAUAUUAGAUUUGAGUUGAUCUGACAAUGUAUGAUUCCACU